AUGAGUGAAACUAAAAAUAUUGUCAUCUUACCAGGUGAUCAUGUCGGUACAGAAGUUACAAAUGAAGCUAUUAAAGUUUUAAAAGCAAUUGAACAAGUUCGUCCAAAUGUUAAAUUUAAUUUUCAACAUCAUUUAAUUGGUGGUGCUGCAAUUGAUGCUACAGGUGUUCCAUUACCUGAUGAAGCUUUAGAAGCUUCUAAAAAGGCAGAUGCUGUUUUAUUAGGUGCUGUUGGUGGUCCAAAAUGGGGGACUGGUGAUGUUAGACCUGAACAAGGUUUAUUAAAAAUUAGAAAAGAAUUAAAUUUAUAUGCAAAUUUAAGACCAUGUAAUUUUGCAAGUGAAUCAACAUUGGAUCUUUCACCAAUUAGACCAGAAUUUGCAAGAGGUACUGAUUUUACCGUUGUUAGAGAAUUGGUUGGCGGUAUUUAUUUUGGUGAAAGAAAAGAAGAUGAUGGUUCAGGUAUUGCAUCAGAUACUGAAACUUAUUCUGUACCAGAAGUUCAAAGAAUUACAAGAAUGGCUGCUUUCAUGGCUUUACAACAUAAUCCUCCAUUACCAAUUUGGUCAUUAGAUAAGGCAAAUGUUUUAGCUUCAUCAAGAUUAUGGAGAAAAACAGUUACUGAAACUAUUGCAAAUGAAUUUCCAACUUUAAAAGUUCAACAUCAAUUAAUUGAUUCUGCUGCAAUGAUUUUAAUUAAAUCUCCAACUACAUUAAAUGGUAUUGUUAUUACAUCAAAUAUGUUUGGUGAUAUUAUUUCAGAUGAAGCUUCAGUUAUCCCAGGUUCAUUAGGUUUAUUACCUUCAGCCUCAUUAGCUUCAUUACCUGAUACUAAUAAAGCUUUUGGUCUUUAUGAACCAUGUCAUGGUUCUGCACCAGAUUUACCAGAGAAUAAAGUCAAUCCAAUUGCUACAAUUUUAUCAGCUGCAAUGAUGUUAAAACUUUCAUUAGAUUUAUUUGAAGAAGGUGUUGCUGUGGAAAAAGCUGUUAAAGAUGUUUUAGAUGCUGGUAUUAGAACUGGUGAUUUAAAAGGUACUAAUUCAACUCAAGAAGUUGGUGAUGCUAUUGCUGAAGCUGUUAAAAAGAAUUUACAAUAG